AUGGAAAAAGAUUCAGAAAAGCGCACUGAUAUUGAAUCGCUCGAGUCCUCGUGCAGACAAUCUAUAUCUUUUCAUCAACGCCUAGAGACCAAAUUGUAUACAUUUUUUUUACCAUUACUCCAAUUUGAAGCAUGGCUCAACUCAAAGUUAGGAAUUGAGGCAGAGGCCAUUGAAAGGAAGCGCGGGGAAGAUCGUAAACCUGUCAAGUGGUAUGAUGAGCUCGGCAUGGCUUUCCUUUGGGCCUCUGGUAAUUUGAAUUUACCUUGUUGUGCUACUGGUAUGCUUGGAGCGGAAUUCGGACUCAGUCUCAGACAGAGUCUAGUUAUCAUUUUUUUUGGCAACUUAAUUGGAAGUUUUGUGACUUCAUACUGCGCUACAUUUGGCGCACCAACUGGUCUUCGACAAAUGUCCGUCUCUCGUUACAGCUUCGGCUGGUUUCCAAGCAAACUUAUCGCCCUUGUGAACACCGUGCAGCAGAUUGGCUGGUCUUCUGUUGGUGCAAUCACUGCAGGCCUUGCUCUAACGGCUGUGGCUGAUGGGCAUAUAUCUAUUGUUGUUGGAAUUAUUAUCGUUGCUGUCGCUGCACUUGUUAUUGGCAUAUUUGGUCUUCGCCUGAUUUUGCUUGUCGAAAAGUACUCUUGGUGUGUAUUUUUCAUUGUAUUUCUCAUUAUUCUAGGCGAGACGGGCAAAUAUGCCGACAAUCAUUCGCCGGCAUCAGUUAAAGGAACCACACCUUUGGCAGGAUCAGUGCUCACAUUUCUCGCUGUCAUAUACGGUUACAGUGCGUCAUGGUCUCCAAUUGCAUCCGAUUACUAUGUGCAAUAUCCUGCGAAUGUAUCAAGAACAAAAGUAUUUCUUUUAACUGCUAGUGGAAUUUCAUUGUCUACAUGUGUCUGCAUGUGGUCUGGAGCAAUAAUGGCCAGCUCUCUAAACAACCAUCCUCUUUGGAAACAGGCUUAUGAAAACGACGGAAUUGGGUAUCUCAUUCGUGACAUGCUUUACCCUACUGGCUUUGCAAAAUUUCUUUUGGUUCUUCUUGUUUUAUCGGGAAUCUGCUUUAACCUUCUCAGUACAUACAGUGUAUCGCUUACUAUUCAACAAUUUUCGCCUUGGGUCGCAUUUGUUCCUCGUAUCGUUGUACAGGUUAUCGUCUUCGGAAUUGUUAUUGCUCUAGGUCUCGCUGGACGGAAAGAGCUUAAUACAUACCUUCAAAACUUCCUCAGUUUUCUUGGGUACUGGAGUACAAGCUACUUUGUCAUCCUUUUUCUUGAGCACACAUUUAUUCGAAAACGGGAUUUUGCGAACUACGAUUUGGAGGGAUGGAAUGAUCGCAAGCGUCUUCCGCAUGGGAUUGCUGCAGCUACAGUGUUCUUGGUGGGAGUUGUGUGUUGGGUCAUGGGAAUGGCUGUUACUUGGUAUGUCGGACCCCUUGCUGGCCUCUUUGGUGAGAAUGGUGGCGAUGUUGCCAUUGAAUUGACAUUUGUUUUCACUUUGGUCGCAUAUUUGCCUUUAAGAUUGCUUGAGAUUAAUUUUUUUCACAAAUGA